AUGGACACUCAAUCCCGAGAGCACAGCAGCAAACGGCUGCAGAAAAUUAUAGACAAGCAUUCCACUGAAUAUGUUGUUCGGCUGGGUAUUGCUGGGGGCAUCUCCGGCUCGGCUGCCAAAACGCUCAUUGCUCCCAUGGACCGUAUCAAGAUCUUGUUCCAAACGUCGAACCCAGAGUUUCUACAAUACAGAGGGCUGUUCCAAGGUUUGUUCCAGGCUGGCCGCAAAAUAUGGGCCAACGAUGGCCUCUACGGUCUUUUCCAGGGUCACCUGGUCACCUUGCUUCGUAUUUUCCCAUACGCUGCCAUCAAAUUUGUUGCAUACGAGCAGAUCAGAUCCAUGCUCAUUCCUAAUGACUCUUACGAAACCGCUGUCCGCAGAUUCAUGGCUGGCUCCCUUUCGGGCUUGACCAGUGUCUUUUUCACAUAUCCUUUAGAUUUGGUUCGUGUCCGUUUGGCCUUCGAGACGAGGAACCUUCAACACACCUUGCCUGGCCACGAUCACCAGGCCUUUAUUGCCCAUCAUAAGGGUCGCUUAUUCUCAAUUUUAAAACAAGUUUACCUGGAACACCCACCCCACCGCGAGUCUGACCCCAACUGGAUCAAGUUCAUGAGGAAAAAGACCCCACAAAGCCUUGUCCCGCUAUCCAACUUCUAUAGAGGAUUUGGCCCCACAAUAUUGGGCAUGAUUCCUUACGCUGGUGUGUCUUUCUACGUGCAUGACUCCAUCCACGAUCUCUUCAGAUCAAAGCUUUUAAGACCCUAUAUGGUUGCCCAACCAUACUCAUACGUUUCAAGUCACAAGGUUGUGAAAAUGUCCAAAGACAAACAAAAUGUGAGUUCUAGAGACUCUAGGGUCCCUCUUCGAGCGUCAGCACAGCUCUUCGCCGGUGGUUUAGCAGGCAUGUGCUCUCAAACAGCAGCUUACCCAUUUGAAGUCAUCAGAAGAAGGAUGCAAGUGGGCGGUGCCGUCAACUCCGGUAAAUUUCUCACUUUCAAAAGGACAAUGCAAGUGAUCUUUGCCGAAAGCGGCAUAAGAGGAUUCUUUGUGGGUUUGUCCAUCGGCUACAUGAAGGUUAUCCCUAUGCUGGCGUGCUCCUUCUUUGUCUACGAACGAUGCAAAGUGCUCCUUGGGAUCUGA